AUGGUGGGGCGCCACGGUCUGUGCGUCUUGGCUCUCUUGUGUUGCUGCACGGCCUUGUGCGUGGCGACUGCUGGUGUUGGGCGGGGUGGCAACGCGGCGGGAGAUGAGGUUGGGGGCUCGGCGCUGCAACAAGAUGUGAAGAAGCAAAUGGAUUCGGUGGUGGGCACCGUGGAGAAAGAGGUGGCUAUUGAAGAGAAUGAAGUGAUCGAGACGGCGGAGCGGGCAAUCACUGCAGCAACGGAGGCCAAGCAGGCAGCAGAAGACGCAGCGCUUGCAUUGGAAGAGGCGAAAAAGUCGGCAACGGACACAAAGCGCGCAGCGGCUGCUGCUGGGAGCACCGCAAGAGGGGCUCUGAGUGCGGAAAAGAAAGCGGUGAGUGCCGCCCAAAAUGUACGGAAGUUGGUGAAAAAUCUCUUAGAAGAAAGGGAGACUUCACAGCAGGAGGCACGGAGCGCUCCCGAGGCAAAAACUGAAGCUGCAGAGGCGAAACGUAUUGCCGCAGAUGCAUGGGGGUCUGCUACAGCAGCCGAGGAGGACUCUAAUGCGGCCGUGGGUGCAGCUGCCGCUGCGCUGGACGGCGCUACGCGGGCGGCAAAGAAAUCCUCAGCGGCAGUGCAAGCUGCAGAGGUGAAGGCGGAAAAACUUGCAGCACUGGCAGCGACAGGGGAGUAUGUCAAGGAUGCACUCGAGAAGGCGAAACACGCAGCAGGCAUGGUGAAGGGUGCGGUGGAGCAAGUGAGAACGUUUGCAACGGAUGCGGAUCGAGUAGCCAAAACGGCACGGAGUGCGGCGACGAAUGCAAAGAGUGCGGCGAAGAAAUCAGAAGCCGCAGCGAUGAUAGCUGCGACCAUGGCGGAAAAUGUGGUGAAUGCGGCGGAUAGCUGGGAGCACAAUCAGUGGGAUGGUGUGAGUGACGCUGCAGACGUUGCAUUGAGCGAGGGGGAAAAGGCGGGAGUGGCGGCUGAGGAGCUAAUCGACCGUGCAGCAGGUGUGGCGCAGGCACUCCAAGCCGCAGUGGGCGAUGCGGCGCGGGCAAAGGUGGUUGCAGUGGCCGCCAAGCAGAAAGCCGAAACGGAUCUGCGAGCACGCAGAGAGGCCGCGGAGAAGCUGGCGGCGGAUGCCAAGGCGGGACUGAGUGGCCCACAGGGCUCGGGAGGAGCAACCGCGGGCAGUCAGGAGGGUCGUGAAGAAGCACGCCCUUCUCCAACGGGCGCCAACACCGCGGACAGCAGCAGCAUCUCUGCGUGGGUGCGUGCACCACUGCUGCUGGCGCUGCUGCUGUCAGUGCUGUGCUGA